CCGUCCGUAAACGUACGGCCGACUGCAAGAUUUUUCAAUCAAAGUAUACUUGCAUUAUUUGUAUGAUAUCUACAGGAAGGUGGCAUUCAUUUGAUGAAAUAGAGAAUUAAGAGAAGCAAGAAAAUGGUGAAUCCUGACAGUUUUUUGUUUAAAUACGGUUUGUCAGCUUGUGCUGCGACAGUAGCAGAAACAGUGACAUAUCCUUUGGAUAUCACAAAGACAAGAUUACAAAUCCAGGGGGAGGUUACGGCAGCCAAGCACUACAGGACAACAGAUGCUAUUCCUUAUAGGGGCAUGGUUAGGACAGCAUUAGUUGUUCAAGAAGAAGGUCUCUUUAAAUUGUGGCAAGGAGUCACUCCUGCAAUAUACAGACAUAUAGUUUAUACGGGUUGUCGUAUGGGUUCAUAUGAGUACAUUAGAGACAAGUUAUUUGGCAAGAAUCCAGAUGGCACAUUUCCAGUAUGGAAAGCAGUGAUAUCAGGUUCUACAGCCGGAGCAUUGUCUCAGUUUGUGUCUAGUCCUACAGAUCUUGUCAAGGUACAGAUGCAGACAGAAGGUCGUAGGAGACUAGAAGGAAAGCCACCAAGGGUAAAUACAGCGUUUCAGUGUUUCCGUAAGAUCCUUCGUGAUGGUGGUAUUAGGGGCUUAUGGAAAGGAUGGGUGCCUAAUGUACAAAGAGCUGCAUUAGUCAAUAUGGGAGAUCUGACAACCUAUGACACUGUAAAGCAUCUUCUUCUCAAUCGUACAAGUCUAAGAGAUAACUAUAUCACUCAUGGUUUAUCAAGUAUAUGUUCAGGUCUUGUUGCUGCCAUCGUUAGUACUCCAGCUGACGUUGUCAAGACGAGAAUAAUGAACCAGGGUUCCGAUUCAGCAGGGCGCCCUCUAUUAUAUAAAUCAUCCAUGGAUUGUUUAUUGAAAUCAGUGAAGCAGGAAGGUUUCUGGUCACUAUACAAAGGCUUCUUACCUAUAUGGGCAAGAAUGGCCCCGUGGUCAUUAACAUUCUGGAUAUCAUAUGAAGAAAUCAGAAAGUUAUCAGGGACAGCAAGCUUCUAGUACGAGAGGCUGAGAUGCCUCUUAGCUCACAUUCAGGGUCUUCUAAUGUAUACACCGUCCAAUUGCUUGCUUCUCUCCUUCAGUCUCUCAAAUGUUUGAAACAAGUGACCUUAUAGGAUUGUUCAAACAGGUCCAUGACAUUUGCUCUGGCGACAAUUGCUCCAAUGGGAAAUCUGCAUGUUAACCCAGACAUGAAACCUAACCUCCAAAAAUAAAUACAACAAUCAUUAUCUUUACACCAUUCUGAACCCAAAACCCUAUUCAAAUCCUAACUCUAACCCAAUGAGAUAUUGAACCAGAGCAAAUGUCGCAUGAGCAAGUGUCAUGUCACCAUGAAUGAUAUGUGUGACUGAAAUAUCUCAUGGAGUGAAGUAUAAAUUACUCGAUUACGAUAUAUUAAAGGUGCUUAAUAUCAGUCUAAGCUUAAUGUCUAGAUUUAAAAUCACUGAUCUUGUGCUGUCUAUUGUUGAUGCAGGCACACAUUCGUGACAUUUCAUUUUAAUGUUUUUCUUGAAUGAUUACAAAAAAUAUGUCAUUCAUUAAUAUGGAUAUUAAUCAAAGGCAUUUAUUUUUAAAAGAAUGUUUACAGUGAAAUCAAAUUGUGCAAUCUAAAUAUUAGUACUAUUUUUCUUGUAUAAAUAUAUAUUUUUGGUUUAAUUUGCAAUAUGAAGUAGAGUUGAUGAAAUCCAACCAAAAGUAAUAUUUCUACACCCAUUUUAAGUGACGAGGUGUUUUACAUUUACCAUUCAGAUCAAUUUAAACUCUGGUUUCCCUUGAAAUCAAAAUGCUAAAAAGAAAAAAUAAGGAGAGAAAUAGAAUCUUCAUCAAGUCAAUUCUUGUGUAAAUACUAAGGUAAUUUUGAUAUCUUUGUUUAGUCAGAA